AUGAAUAGUAUUGCUCAAAGAUAUAGUCAUGCCAAUCAAAAUGUUAUUGUCAAAGAAAUAAAUUCCGUUCAUGAAUCACUUUCAUCACCAUCAAAUAUUCCUCAAUUAGAAUUAUCACCAUCAAUUGCUAUCCCACCAAUUUCUCAACCUACAGAUUUUUUAAGAGCUCAUACUGAUGAUUCAGUUAAUCCAGAUUGUAAAAUCAAAAUUGCUCAUGGUACAACAACUUUAGCAUUUCGUUUCCAAGGUGGGAUUAUUGUUGCCGUUGAUUCUCGUGCUACAGCUGGGAAUUGGAUUGCUUCACAAACUGUUAAUAAAGUGAUUAGAAUUAAUCCAUUUUUAUUGGGUACUAUGGCUGGUGGAGCUGCUGAUUGUCAAUAUUGGGAAACUUGGUUAGGUACUCAAUGUAGAUUACAUGAAUUACGAGAAAAGGAAAGAAUUUCUGUUGCUGCUGCAUCAAAAAUUUUAAGUAAUUUAGUGUAUCAAUAUAAAGGUAUGGGUUUAAGUAUGGGGACUAUGAUUUGUGGUCAUACUGCUAAAGAAGGUCCUACUAUAUAUUAUGUUGAUAGUGAUGGUACAAGAUUAAAAGGGGAUGUGUUUUGUGUUGGAUCAGGUCAAACUUUUGCUUAUGGGGUUUUAGAUUCAGAAUAUAAAUGGGAUUUAUCAGUAGAAGAUGCUUUAUAUUUGGGUAAAAGAAGCAUAUUGGCUGCUACUCAUAGAGAUGCUUAUUCUGGUGGUUCAGUUAAUUUAUAUCAUGUCACUGAACAAGGUUGGACUUAUCAUGGUAAUUUCAAUGUUGGUGAUCUCUUUUGGGAAGUUAAAGAAAAGGAACAAUCAUUUGUAAAUGUAGAUGGUUAG